AUGUGUGUGUGUACGUACAUCUAUCUAUCUAUCUAUCUAUCUAUCUAUCUAUCUAUCUAUUUCAGUCUGUUCAUUAUCUAUCUAUCUAUCUAUCUAUCUAUCUAUCUAUCUAUCUAUCUAUCUAUGUCUGUUUCCCUUCUUUUCUAUUUGUCCCAUUCAAUUAAUAUGUAUGUAUUUAUCAAUCUCGGUCUGUUCACAAAUCUAUCUAUCUAUCUAUCUAUCUAUCUAUCUAUCUAUCUAUCUAUCUAUCUCAGUCAGUUUAUUAUCUAUCUAUCUAUCUAUCUAUCUAUCUAUCUAUCUAUGUGGAUACUAUCGUAUCGAACAAACGCCUUCACUCAAUCUGGUCAUUAUCUAUCUAUCUAUCUAUCUAUCUAUCUAUCUAUCUAUCUAUCUAUCUAUCUAUCUCAGCUUGUUCAUUAUCUAUCUAUCUAUCUAUCUAUCUAUCUAUUUCUAUCUAUCUAUCUAUUUCAGUUUGUUCAUUCUAUCUAUCUAUCUAUCUAUCUAUCUAUCUAUCUAUCUAUCUAUUUGUUCUUAUCUAUCUAUCUAUCUGUUUGUUCAUUAUCUAUCUAUCUAUCUAUCUAUCUAUUUAUUUCAGUUUGUUCAUUAUCUAUCUAUCUAUCUAUCUAUCUAUCUAUCUAUCUAUCUAUCUGUUUAUCUAUCUAUCUAUUUGUUCAUUAUCUAUCUAUCUAUCUCAUCUUUCUUCUAUCUAUCUAUCUAUCUCAGUUUGUUCAUUAUCUAUCUAUCUAUCUAUCUAUCUAUCUAUCUAUCUCAGUUUGUUCAUUAUCUAUCUAUCUAUCUAUCUAUCUAUCUAUCUAUCUAUCUAUCAGUUUGUUCAUUAUCUAUCUAUCUAUCUAUCUAUCUAUCUAUCUCAUUCUUUCUUUCUUUCUUUCUUUCUUUCUUUCUUUCUUUAUGUCUGUCUCUCUUUGUUCCUAUCUAUAUUCGCUUAACUAUAGUGAUAUUAUAGACAGAACAGAGCAAGUGGAAAACUAUGGAGAACAACCUUGUUUGGGUCGACGUUCGAUUGCCUUUCUUAUGCAUUUAUUUCGAGUUUUUGUUGAUUUUGUUCCUACUCUCCUUGAUUGCUUUCCAUCUUUCUUUCUUUCUUUCUUUCUUUCUUUCUUUCUUUCUUUCUUUCUUUCUAUUUUCUAUAAUUUUCUUUUUUAUGUUGAUACAAGCGUAAAUAACAUUUGGAUUUUAAUGUCAAUGGCUCUGAAAUUUCUUUUUUCUUUCUUUCUUUCUUUCUUUCUUUUGUUUGCUUUCUUUCUAUCUUUCUUUUGUUCUUUCUCCUUUUUGCUUUCUUUCUUUCUUUCUUUUGUUCUUUCCCUUUUUUCUUUCUUUCUUUCUUUCUUUCUUUCUUUCUUUCUUUCUUUCUUUCUUUUUUAA